AUCAAACCAACCAUAUUGAUAUAAGAGUCUCUUAAAGAUGUCCAACUUAUCCUCUCCGAGUUUUACACUUGAUUCAUUAAAUUCGAUGAAAGUAGUUGACUUAAGACAAGAACUUGAUAAGCGUGGUCUUGAUAAGUCUGGCUUGAAAUCAGAGCUUGUGAAGCGUUUGGAAAAAUCAUUGCUUGAUGAAAGCUCAAUAACAGAUACAGAUGAAGAUAAAAUGGAAGGAGAAAAUGUUCAUGAUGGAAUUUCAGAAUUAAAAGAUGUUCAUAUGGAAUCAGCAGAUAACAAUGAUUUGAUGAAAAGCGAAAGUGAUGAACAUAUUUCUGAAUCUUCUGUUCUUGAUACUAAUAAAUUUCCAAAAGAAGAAAUUGUUGAAGAAAAAAAUCAAGAAAAUGAAGUGGCAAAGAAUAAGUUAAUAAAUACGGAUAACAUAAUUAAGGAUGCAAAAAACGUUUUUUAUGAAGGUGAAGGCAAUAAGUUGUUAAAGAGAGUAGAAAUCAAAACAGAAGCUACAGAAAUGGUCAAUGGGUCACAUAAAGUAAUUGAUCUUGAAAAUGAUGCUGCUUCAAACAAAGUAAUGGGUAAAGAAUCUUUGAAGGAGAUUGCUCAUGAUGAAAUAAAGUCAAGUGAUUAUAAUAAUACUGAAAAGGAUCCCGCUAAUCAUGAAAAUGAUCUUUUAGAAAACAAGAUUGAAAAAACUUCAAAUAUUCUCUCUCCUGUUAACAAUGAUCAAAUCUCAAAAGAAAAUUCAGGGCAGGGCUCUAAACCAAUUAGUAACACUGCUAGUACACCUAGUAAAGAAUCUUCUGAAAUUUCUGAAUCAAGCGAGAAUAAAAAGGACUCGCUUAUAAAAAGUGAUAAUGGUUUGAAACAAAAUGAAGAUAAGAAAACAGAUUUAAGUAAAUGUAUAUGGAUAAGUGGGUUGUCAUCUAUAACAAAAGCUAUUGAUCUUAAAGAUAUAUGCUGUAAAGUUGGAAAAGUUGUUGGAGCUAAGGUGGUGACAAGUGCGAAAUCAACUGGUUCUCAAUGUUUUGGCUUUGUUACUAUGUCAUCCAAUGAUGAAGCAAAAAGAUGCAUAGAAAGUUUGCACAAAUCAACAUUACAUGAUAAUGUUAUUGAAGUAGAAAUGGCCAAAACUGACCCUACUCCACAAAAAAAACCCGUCGAAAAAAAGUCUGAAAAACAAGAUGAUCGCUCUCGAUCUUCUAGACAAUCAAAGACUUAUCGCACAUCCUCUUCAUCAAGAUCAACGAGACGAGAUGAUAGAGGUAGUCGAAGAGAUGAAAGAAAGACACGUGAAACACCUAAAGAAAAAGAGAUUAAAAAGCAAGAGACAACCAUUGAAAGUGAUGAUGUCAAAAAUCCCGACUUAACUACAAAAAAUUCGCUGGGUGAAUUUUCAGAAAAACGUGAAGAAGUCAAGGCUGUUGCUGAAGAGAAUGAUAAGAAGGAUACAAAAUCUGCAGAGCAACUUCGCAAAGAGCGAACUGAGAAAUUAGAGCAGGAACAUAAGUUACGUGAAGAGCGUCGUAGAAAUGAGCGUGAAAAAAAUAGAUUACUCCGAGAAGAGAAACGUAAAGAAGAAGAAAAGCGUGAAAAAGAGCGUCGAGAACGCGCUCGAAAAGAAGCUGAAAGAGUCCGGAAAGAGCGCGAAAAACAGAGAGAGGCAGAAAAAUUACGUGAAAAAGAACGUGAAAGAGAACGAGAGCGUUUUUUGCAAGAAAGAAAAGAACGAGAAGAAAGAGAGCGCCGCGAGCGUGAACGUGAAAGAGAAUUAUUAGAACGUGAGCGCAUUGAACGUGAAAAGCUGGAACGGGAACGUAAAGAGCGAGAACGUCUUGAAUUGGAGCGCAUUGAAAGAGAGAGACAGGAAGAAGAAAGACUAGAAAAGGAACGUUUAGCAAGAAUUGAACGAGAAAAUAGAAUUGAAAAAGAAAGGCAACGUUUAGAGCAAGAACGUCUUGAAAGAGAGAGACGCGAACGAGAUAGAAGUAGAAUUAUUGAUAGAGGUAUUGACAGAAGUAUCGGAAGUAGUAAUAGUUUGAAACGCUCUGCUUACGACGACAGAACUCUUUAUUAUGGGGAUUCAAAGAGAAGUUUAAGGGAAGAUUCGCGAGAUCGUCCUGUUUAUAAUCCUCAGCCAGAUGUCAGACGUGUUGUACAGAGAGCUGAUACAAGAUCUUUUGAUCGCGAUAGAUCUCCUAUAAGAGUAGAAGAGCAAGUUCCAUUGCGUGGCGUUGGAAGACGCGACUGGUUAGAUGUUGAUGUUGAAGCAAAUGCUCCGAAAACACUUUCUGAUGUUCUUGGAAGAGCUGGUUUAACGGGAAUUUUGGGUUAUCAAGCAGAAAAUGAAUCCUAUGAUAUUCGGCCACACAAACAAGUUGAUGAAGAGCAAUAUUAUUUACGUAAUCCUAAUAGAAUUGAUGAUCAUAGUUAUCGUCCUGACUUCAGAGAUUCAAGAGAUGGUAAUAGAGUAAUGCAUUCUACGGAGCGUUUUCAAAAAGAACGUGUUGAACUAUCGGAUAACAGAAUUGAAAUUAAAGGUUUACAAAGAUAUGAUGAACGUCGUAUAGGUGAUUCCAGAAAAGAUAUGGAAAGGCGUGAUAAUCAAAAUAGUUCGGUUUUUAGGGCAAGAAAUGAAGAAAGAGUCUUUCGUACUUCUGAUCCGCCACAAAUGUUAAAUAGCGAUCCAAAAGCCGCUUUUCGAAAUUCGGUAGGAGAUAGGAAUGGCUUUCACCCAGCUUCAUCAGAUCUUGGAGGUAGGGGCUUAUCUGUUAAUCCACCUAGAAUGCUUCCUAUGUCCGAUGUAUUCGGGCGGCCAUUAAAUCAACAAGGAUCAAACACGACUCGUGCAUUACAAACAGGAUAUGUUACUGCCACCAAUGGUCUGCCAUUACACCAAGCCCCACAAAAUGUUAGUUUAAGAGACAAUCGUAUAGAAUAUACACAGCGUGCAAGGCAGCCGCAUUCAGUUAUUCAGAGUAGAAGAUUUUAAUGUUAUAGUAUUGGAUGAUUCAGAUAGCGAGAUUCAUUAAAAUUGAGGGUAUAAAACUAUUAUCAAGUAUUUCUGGAUUAUUAAUGCCACAUAAAAAAUGUAUAUAGGUUUUUAACCAGUUACCAAUUUUACUAAACUAUAAAGCUCCGGUAAUCUCCAGUAGCAUCGGUAUUCUGUGAUAUAUCUCGUAUAAGUGUGUUCAAGUUGCAUGUAGUAUUCGUGAAACGUUACCAUAAAAGAUGGACAUUUCUUUUGCUUUCUACUGCUGAUUUAUGAAGCGAUAUGAGAGAAUAUGUAAUACCAAUUGCCUAUGAGACAUGUAUUUAUUUUCUUUGUUAUGUAAUAUAUAAACCAAAUUUUAAUUUAAUACAAUAACGCUUUGAA